AUGGUUAAUGCCAAAAACGUCGCCUUCAAAGUCAACAAGCAGACACCAAUCUCCCAAGGACCUGCGCAGGCCUAUGGAACCGUCAUCAACUGUCGGAAGCAGGUGGGGAAACGUGCAGGGCUGGCGCAGAAAGAGGUGCGGUCGCAUCAUGUGCCCUUGUCCAACAUCCCCGGAGCGCUGAAACGCAAACGCGGCGACGAUGGGAAGAGCGAAUCUGCAGAAUCUUCAAAUGGAACUUGGUCGCCAGGCAAUAACACGACGUCGACAUCCUCAUCCUCAUCCUCGCUGGGACGCCCAUUGCUUACGCAGCAUUGGCAGCAAUGUAAGCCCACAAGGCUGCGAAAGGGCAAGACGCUCUCCAAGGGAGUAGACCUGGAUUGCUGGUUCACCAUUCUUUCCUUCUCGGAUCCUGCACAACUACUGGAGAUGCGUGAGAAGAUUGCGUCGUGUUACCGCUUUCUGAGAGACAACCCGAUGCUCUGGAAACACGCGCGGAACUACUACUACGGGAAAGACAUGCCUGAUCCGCCCUCGGAGCUCACUGAAUUCCAGUACGCCCAUCUGCGACAUGGCCACGGCUGCAUGAGCUGUGGUGCAAAGAACACACGCAAGACGUACUGGGCAUUCUUACGCCGUUGGUGCAAGACCUGUCUCCAGUCCAAGACGUUGAGGGAGCAUGAUGCGUUGGCUCUUUUGCGGGAUGACAAUGGCGAGGACAUUUCCCUGAUCAAAUCCUGUCUACCGUCCGGCAUUUUCGAUUCUUGGGGCAACUUUGUCGGCGUUGGCCCAGCCACUACCCACUCUCUCAAGACGGUCUAUUCGCUGCCAGACGUGCAGAAGCUUGUGGCCGAGUACAGAGCCGAAGCUCGUGCGAGAUCAGCAGACCCGGCGGAGAUGCGCGCAUGGUACACGACAUGGCACGCCAACAAGAUCAAGAUCAUCGAGGAACGUAGAGCGUUUGCAAAGAAAAUGGAACUAUGGGAAGAGACGACUCGGUCGACCAAGACGUUUGACUACCAGGCCAGAAAGGCGGCGCGCAAACUCUACUUUGAGCAGAAGGCCAAACAACUCUCUCCGCCGAUCGAUUUGCGACAGAUGGAGGCAUGCCCAUCGUAUCGUCGGGCAGUCGCCAUUCCCAAGGAGCCAAACAUUACUUCUUGGAAUCAACUCAGGCCUAAGCUGGAGAAGGAGGCGGCCGAAAUCGUGACGCAAGAACGGAUGCAAGAGGCUGGCUCGGCUGUUCCGUCAAGUUCUGGUGGUUCUACACCACUCCAUGGCAACCUUGAGCAGAAUUAUAUGCCCUUAUUUGCUGGCAUGAGGCAUGGGCUUCCACCGCCGCCACACGCAUACAUGUUUUGA